GCGUUCCAUGUGGAAUAUAUCUCCAGGCAUUAAAACAAUCAUAUGUCGGAAAACUCUGAAGAAAGAUUCUGCGUAACUCUAGAAGUUGACAUACCUGAUCAACGUGACCGAAAUGAAAUUGAAAGUGACGCGGGAAAUCUGGCCUUAUUACACCUAGGAGACAGAGAGUCCGCGAUACAAAAUAAUCCCCAAGUGACCAACGAUGACCAGGAAGAAAAUCAGGCUACAUUUUACCUUGAGGAUGAAUUAGGUGACUCUGAAAAUAAAAAUGAUGAGGAGUGUGAGGGUCUGUUCAUAUCAGAAGAUGGAUCAACAGAAUACCCUGAGGAUGGUCAGGAAACAAAUGUUAACGACGAAUCCCCUUCAUAUGACGACAAUCUGGAAAUUCCGCAGUUUCAGGUCGUGUAUUCAGAUGAAGAAAAGUUUUCUGAUGAUGAAUUACCCGAUUCUCUCGCUCCGUUUCAAGACAGAGGACGACGCGAGUCCAAAUGGAGCGCGACAAUUUUGUUUGUCGCGUCAGAGGUUCAAUUGAUUAUAGAUCUCGCCGAGUUUUGUCCUCCUGAGGGAUAUCUUACAGAGCCAUCAAAGAAUAAAGGCCAAGCAGAGCCUGACUGCAACUCAAACAACAUGGAUAAUGGUGAAACACUCCCAAGUCCUUCAGACGAGGCAACAUUUGAUGAUGUUGGACCUUUAAUAAAAAUGGACAAUUUGCAAAAUGGACGGGACCAUAAUAAUGAAGAUUCUAAAGAGAAAAUGCUCCCUGAAAAUAAUAAUAUAAAGAACAAAAAUAAGUUGGAGCACUUUGUAGCACCGCCCAAGGAAAACUGGGGCGGCAGUGGAGACUAUCUAUUGGCGGCGAUUGGAUACUCCGUGGAUUUAUCUAAUGUAUGGAGGUUUCCCUACUUAGCGUACAAAAAUGGCGGCGGUGCUUUUAUCAUUCCAUAUUUCACGGUUCUUAUACUCGGCGCUGUUCCCGUCUUCUUUAUGGAACUAAGCAUGGGGCAGUUCAGCAAAGAGGGACCCAUAAAUGUGUGGAAUAACCUUGUACCCAUGUUCAGAGGUAUAGGUUUUGCCUCUUGUUGGAUGGCCUACAUCGUCGCUUUCUAUUACAACAUGGUCAUUGCCUGGGCGUUCUACUACCUAUUUUCUUCUUUCUCUUGGAACACCCCUUGGUCUAGAUGUGAUCACGACUUUAACACACGUGACUGCUGGCAGUCCGACUGGGAUACCAAUCAAACACACUCAAACAGGACCUAUAACUCCAGCACAGCUAUCUCUUCCUCUUAUGAAUAUUUUGAACGAGGCGUUCUCAGUUUACACAAGAGUUCGGGGAUUGACAACCUCGGUGGAAUCAAAUGGGAGGUAGCCGGCUGUGUGGCCCUCACGUUCAUUAUUCUUUACCUCAGUUUGUGGAAAAGUGUUAAGAGUGCAGGAAAGGUCGUCUGGUUCACGGCCACAGUUCCUUACCUUAUUCUCACUGCCCUGCUGAUUCGAGGCUCCAUGCUCCCCGGUGCAGGAGAGGGGGUCAAAUUUUUCAUCGUUCCAAACAUGAGCAGGCUCGGGGAAAUUCAGGUCUGGAUAGAUGCAGCAGUACAGAUUUUCUUUUCCAUCGGCGCCGGAUUUGGAACUCACAUUGCUUACGCCAGUUAUAACAAGUUUAAUAACAAUUGUUACAGGGAUUGUCUCAUAACAGCAUCCGUUAACUGCAUCACCAGUAUCUUUUCUGGUUUUGUGGUAUUCACAUACCUUGGUUACAUGGCUCAAAAACAGCAAAAACACAUCAGGGAUGUCGCACAAGAUGGUCCGGGUCUCGUUUUCAUCGUCUACCCAGAAGCCAUUUCUACACUUCCGGGAUCGUCGAUAUGGGGGAUUCUGUUCUUUUUCAUGUUAAUUACGCUAGGGUUGGAUAGUGCGUUUGGCGGAUUGGAGUCUCCGUUAACGGGACUACGAGAUCAAUUCUACAGGGUAUUUAGACACCGGUGGGCACGGGAAGUUUUAACCUUCGUCAUUGUUGUUAGUGCCUUCCUAUUCUCCAUUCCAUGUAUGACCGUAGGAGGUAUGUAUGUGUUUAAAAUACUGGAUACAUUCGCUGCUGGCACUUCCAUCGUAUUUGCCAUUCUAUUUCAAGUCAUCGCCGUUUCCUGGUUUUACGGGGUGGAUCAGUUUUGUUCAGACAUUUAUCAGAUGACAGGCCACAGACCAGGGCUGUAUUGGCGGGUGUGCUGGAAGAUCCUCAGUCCUACAUUCCUACUGAUUAUUGUGAUAUCAAGCUUUUCUCAUUAUCGACCACUGACGUAUAAGGGUAGUAUGGGCGUGUAUACUUAUCCAACGUAUGCUAACGUCAUAGGAUGGGGCGUGGCUCUUUCCUCAAUGCUCCUGAUACCAGGUUAUGCAGUAUAUCACAUACUGUCCACUAAAGGAACUUUUAAACAGAGAUUGGCAAAGUGCAUAACCCCAAAAAGAGAUCACGAAGAAAUCACAAGAACCAAUGACGUCAAACGUUUCAGGGUGAGUCCUUUGUGCCCGACUGGUUUUGACACCUUAAUCAGAAUGUAUCAUGGCAAAGCAGACCGAGACCCCCCGAGGCGACAAACGGGCCGACGAAACCAGUAUGCAUAUGACAACCCCGCAUUAUCUGAAACGGCUUCUACCCCCAGUAUUUUCACAGUGGAGAGUUCAAGCUCACUCGUGCAAAAGGACGGCGUUUCACUCAACUUGUACCCACCCUUUCGAAGAAACUCAUUCGAAUCCGCUCUGGAAACAGGAAGUAGGAAAAGUUGGCGAGAAUCAACUGAAAGAAUGUCAGACGAUCCUGCCAAAACGGCCGGUACGUCUACGGAUGCUCUCAUUGCGACGGAAAAUGGAGAAAGUUCGAAAGAAUCCAAGGAAGAGAGGGAAACUUGGGACAACAAAGCUCAGUAUAUCUUAGCAGUCGUUGGAUACGCUGUAGGAUUAGGAAAUGUAUGGCGUUUUCCAUAUUUAGCACAGAAAAAUGGAGGCGGGGCUUUUCUCAUACCGUACACAAUCAUGUUGGCGAUCGAGGGCGUUCCCAUCUUUUACUUGGAACUUGCGGUGGGACAGCGCUUGCGCAAAGGUGCCAUUGGCGCUUGGAACCAAAUAUCGCCAUAUCUGGCUGGUAUCGGGAUAGCUAGUGCCAUGGUGUCUUUCUGGGUCUCGCUGUAUUAUAAUACUAUCAUAGCCUGGUGCCUCUACUAUCUGGUCAACAGCUUCCAGUCCCCCUUGCCGUGGGCUGAAUGUCCUGGCAAUGCCUCGGAAUGUUCGAUGAGUGGCCCAACGACAUAUUUUUGGUACAGGGAAACGCUCAACAUCUCGCCUUCCGUUGAUGAACGCGGGACCUUGAACUGGUGGAUUGUAGUCAGUUUAUUAGCGGCCUGGCUAAUUGUUUUCCUGUGUAUGGCAAAAGGAAUAGCAACAUCGGGAAAGGUUGUGUAUGUCACAGCAACAUUUCCUUAUCUGGUGCUUCUCAUCUUUUUCUUCCGUGGUGUGACGCUUGAGGGAUUUGAAGAAGGACUCAAACAUUUUUUCAUCCCAGAUUUUUCACGUCUUGGAGAUCCACAGGUGUGGUUAGAGGCGGCCACACAAAUCUUCUUUUCUCUUGGUGUGGCUUUUGGGGGCUUGAUCGCCUUUUCCUCGUACAUGCCAGUUCGAAACAACUGCUACAGAGACGCCAUCUUGGUUUCUGUCGUAAACUGUGGCACUUCCGUUUUUGCAGGAAUAGUGAUUUUCUCAAUUCUAGGAUUCAAAGCAACACAGAGUUUCAAGGCCUGCAAUGCCCAGAAUGAUUUGUUAUUGAGCCAGAAUAUGACAACGGGGUUUCUGGCAUGUGACAUCAAAACAGAGAUACAGAAGAGCGGAUCAGGAACAGGACUGGCUUUCAUUGCCUUUACAGAGGCCAUUAACCAGUUGCCCGCCGCUCAGGUGUGGUCAGUGUUAUUCUUUCUAAUGUUACUGACCCUCGGACUGGAUAGUAUGUUUGGAAUGUUAGAGGGGGUCGUCACCUCUAUCAUCGACAUGAACCUCGUCAAAGACCUACGUAAAGAAGUGGUGGCAGCUGUUCUUUGUUUGGUAUCCCUACUUAUCUCCUUCUGUUAUGCGGACUCAGCGGGCCCAUACAUUUUUGUUCUGUUUGAUGAAUACAGUGGUAACAUUCCUCUCCUUAUUAUCGCCCUUGGCGAACUCCUCGGACUAACGUACGCGUAUGGACUGAAAAGGUUUGGUGACGACAUCGAACUAAUGACUGGACAAAGGCCUAAUUAUUAUUGGUUGAUUAUGUGGAAAUACGUAUCUCCCCUAGUUAUCAUCGUCAUUUUCCUUGCAAGUCUCAUCAAAUCAAUGAUUAGCAGCGCGACAUACGAGGCAUGGAUUCCUUCCAUAGCAGAUAAUGUAACAACAGAGUGGCCAGGGUGGUGUAAGUUUAUAGCAGCGAUGUUAAUUAUCAGCGCCAUGGGCUGGAUCCCACUAGUUGCAAUUGUGAAAAAAUUCAACCUUAUAAAAUGGCAACCGGAAACGCCAGCUGAGUUUCCGGAAGAAGAACUUGUAGCUGAGAGGGGAAUAAAACCUCAUAUACCAUCCGACAGGGAAAGAAAAAUGUUUUACUGCUGUUUUUGCCAGUCUACCCAAGCAGCGGACCCCUAUGGAUACAGAAUCCAUCAAUUUGACGGUCAUUGUAACCCCGAUGGUACCUGUACCUAUACUCUGACCAUACCGGUCAAAGAUUCCCUCGUGAACCCUCACGUAAUGGACAACUCCACUGCGUCCGCUAUGGUUGAACACCUUGCCAACCACGACAAACAGAUUGAUCAGAUUCUGGGUCUCUUUGGCCACAAUGUCACAGGAACUAUGAACCUCAUAGAGGAAGUCAGUAAACUGAAGAAGGAGGAAGAAAAUCUGAAUGGCCUGGUUAGAAUCUUAACUGACGAGGUUCACAACCUGUUGACAGAGAACGGAGUUUUGAAAAAUCAGCUGGCAUAUGUUAACCAGACAAUUCUUACAAAGCUUUCAGAUCCAUGUUUGGUGCGUCCAUGUGCACAUGGGGCCAAAUGUACAGCCCUACCCAAUGGAAAUUACACCUGUGAUUGUCCACUCGGAUACAGGGGACAAGACUGCGAAGAAGAUGUGAACGAAUGUCACACGACUGGUAUCUGUGGACACGGAAGCUGUACGAACAUCUAUGGAGAUUAUGUCUGUAACUGUAACGCAGGAUACACAGGUCCAAACUGCACAAUCAAUAUUGACGAAUGCGCAUCAAACCCGUGUGAAAAUGGCGGUUCCUGUGAAGAUUUGAUCAACAUGUAUCUCUGUCACUGCGCCCCAGGAUUCUCAGGAGUCCACUGUCAAAUGAACAAUGAUGAAUGUGAGAGCGAUCCUUGCUUGAAUGGAGGAUUCUGUUUGGAUGACAUCAACGAUUAUUAUUGCGUGUGUGCUCCAGGAUGGAAUGGAAAAGAUUGCGAAAAUGACUUUGACGAAUGCCAGGACAACCCUUGUGUACAUGGUAAAUGUGUAAAUGAUAAUGGUACUUUCCACUGCGAAUGUAACUCACCUCUAAUCAAGGGAAAACUGUGCGACCAGGCCCCCAACAGAGACUGUUCUGACUUGAAGACUUUCUGGAAUAUGAACAGAGACGCCGUGUAUACUGUGAGAGAACCAAACAAAAUGUUAACUCUGGCCGUCUGCGACAUGCACACUGACAAUGGCGGAUGGACCAUUUUCCAAAGACGAGUUGGCAGCGUUGUAAAUUUCAACCGAAAUUGGAACGACUACAAGGAAGGUUUUGGAAAUCUUGGAGCCAGUUACUGGUGGGGCACCGAAAGGUUAUACAACGUGACCCACAACAGAACCAAUCUGGUGCUGAGAAUCGAUAUGAUGGAUUGGGACAAUAAUACAGCAUAUGCAGAAUAUGAUAAUUUUUCGAUCGGCUCCGAAUCCGAGCAAUUCAAACUGACGGUUGGUGGGUACAGAGGAACCGCCGGAGACGCCUUGAAUUUUUACUGGAAGGUAUUUUCACAUAACGGAAUGAAGUUUUCCACCAAGGACCGCGAUAAUGAUAACUUCCGGACAAACUGUGCACAAGUCUAUCACGGAGGAUUCUGGUAUAAUGGCUGCUGGGCAGCAAAUUUGAACGGAGUUUAUUAUCACACGCCGGAUUACAACAGCUCGAUCCAUGACGGAUUAGAAUAUUUCACCUGGAAAAGAACUAAAUACUCCCUUAAGAUGGUAGAGAUGAAGUUCAGAGCUGCCGAUAUAGUUCAAUCUAACAAUACAGCCACAUUUUCAUAAACAAUAACUGUAUACGAUUUGUAGAUAUUAAAUAUGUUUU